UGCUGCUACUGCUACUUCGUACUUUGUACAGAUAGUUGCUGCAUCUGUCAGCCUACGAACCCAAUUGAGCCACACACAGGACGCCUUCUUACGAGGACAGUGGAUUCGAAAAAAAAAUAAACGCAAAGUCGCUCAAACCGCCAUUCGGGGGCUGUUGGUACCGCUGACGCAUCUUGCCUCCGACGUUAUCCCUCCCGCAGCAUCGCCCGCCUCCUCCAUAGAGGUCAUGCCCGUAAUCCAGAUUCGUUGGCGCCGCUCAAAGACGGCGGCCAGGAGUACACUUACCUGAGACCUUGCGACGGCUAUAUUUUGUCGCCAAACCACCGACAUCCAAUUCAUCUGAAAAACACAAUGCUAUUUACGGCAAAGGUAGCUGUUGCGCCCCGUGACUUUGACACCAACGGCCCUCGUUCAGUCGAGCAUAUCGAAUAUGUGUACUUGAAAAGCUGGUCAAAGCAUAAAAAGCGGCGAUAUUGGGUUGUCAAGCAUGACGGCUGGUUCGUUAAUCCGGGCAGCCGGCAGCAAUCCAUUGCAAGACCAUCUCUUUUUUGGAUUCCAUUUGCAGAAAUAUAGAACCAUGCCACCUCCACGCCGAUCUGCCUAGCGGCCUGUCAAGCAGCGCUAAACGCACGCUACGGGGUCGCCCCCUCCCCGCCUAUUUCCAUUUUUGGCUCGCGAGGCUCUGGUAUUAUUAAUGUAAGUGAUGAAGCUGCGAUGUUGCCUCCCGCUCUCACGCCAGCCUCAACACACACCAUCUGCUACGCACAAUGAGCCCGCCGAUGCUGCGAACUAGCUUCCGUCGCAACGGCACCGAGGCGGCGUGCGAAGCGUGUCGCAAGCGCAAGUCGAAAUGUGACCACAAAAGGCCGGCGUGCUCAUACUGCGCCAGGCGCAAGAUGGACUGCUACUACCAUCCCGCGCCCAUGUCUAGAAUGCCAGCGUCCAGAAAAACACCAUCGAGGCUGACUCCGCCCUCAGAAAAGACACCACCAGGCUUGUCAAAGCAAUCAUCCCAAGCGGAAACGCCAUCACUGCUUACGCCGCUCACGACCAACGACGCCUCCACGGCCACCAGCACGCCAGCCGCUCCUUUGCAAUCAUGGCCCUUUACCGCCGAAUCCACCACCGCCGCUCUACCGAAGACGUUUGUGUCUGAUUUGUAUGAGCAAAAGAUGAGAGCGCAGCGCAUGAGCACAGUCCGAGACAUCCUGGGAUCACUGCAGCACGUCCAACGCAUCAGAGGCAUUGUCGACAGAUACAUUGCGGAAGCGAGGUUCACCCACGUGCCGCGUCCGGUGGUCAAGAUACUGCUGAAGCUGCUCCCCGUCACUGUGCGAUCAGAUGGCGUCGAACUUGUGGGUGGAUUGGACAAGCUGGCGCAAGACGUGUUUGCGUCGUCGGCAUCGCCUGUAGACCUGGGGCCUGAUACGACCUGGCAGGGCUUCUGCAAGCUUUUCUCGGGUGCUAGCCUGCGCGUGGAAACCGUGGGCUUGCUGUGCAGCCUGUGCGCCAUGGCCGUUUUGUUUGACAAGCGCUCCAGAAAUGCAGUCGACGGCGAGUUUGUGUCCGAGAUGCUGCGCUGUGGGAAGCUAAGCCUCGACACGGCGCGGGAGCUGGCGCCCCAGACCAACGACGUGCUGCUGUGGCUGGCAUGUAGCAGCAUCUGCCUGAUUGACUUUUUGGAAGGCGAUACCAGUUUAAGCGUCUGGCGCCGCAUGAGCGAGAUUGCCGCCGACAUGCACGCGCUCGACAUCCACCACGAGUCUAGCCACUCUACAGAACUGUUGCCGCUUUUCCUCUCGGAAACGCGAAAGAGGCUCUUCGCCACGGUCCAUCACCUGGACAAGACCAAAGCCAUUGCGUUUAGCCGCCCGGCGUGCGUGCGGCUGCAAAACACUGACUGCGUGCCCCCGCUGGACAUACCGGAAGACGACCUCUACUCGCCCACCACGCCGGGCGAAAAGCUCAAGCUGAUUACCAUGGACGGCUGGAGCUUGCAGGGCACGCUGGGCAUCAUGUCGGCGGCGCGGGUGCGAUUCUGCUUUGCGCGCUUCCAGGAGGAGAUACUCGACAUCAAAAACUCGACGGGCACGGACCGCGAGUUGAAGUUGAAGAACAUAUCAACAAGGCUACGCGAUAGCUGGUAUGCCAUGCCAGUGUACGUCAAGUACACGCCAGAUUGUUGGGAUUCGAUAAGCGUGGGCGCCUGCCUCAUGCUCUCGUUUCUCUUCAUCAGCUACCACAAUAUCCAGUUCACAAUCUUCUCCAUGCUACGGUCGUCCGACGCGCACACGUCGUCGGCAGAACUCGUCUCUGCUGCAUGGCAGACUCUCAAGGUUGUCCUCCGAGUGAGCAAGGAGCGCAACAGUGGGCGCCUAUCUACGGAGGACUUGCCUAUCAUGCUUUUAAUGUACGGCGUGCCGAGCGCGGUGGUCCUGCUCGAUGCGAUGCAGCAGCACAGCGGCUCUCUGCCGCCUGAAAUCUGCAAGGCCACCCUGGUGCGCAACUUGUCCGUCUUCAUCUCCAACCUCGACACCAUUACGGACAAGACCGAGUCGAACCAUUUCCUGGCCGGCCGCGCUGCCCAGCACCUCUCGGACCGCCUCGACGCCGUUCUGGAGCAGCCUCUGUCCAGCGGCGUGGGCGGCGGCAGCCAUGCCAGGAGGACUGCAGUGAGCUACACGCCCGAGACGAGCAUAGUGUCGACAGAGCUUGGCCAGCAGGAUGAUGAUGGGCUAAAUGACCUGCCCAUCCUGGUUUUCCCUGGCCCCAUGUCGGUCGAGGAGCCCGAAUGGACGAGCUGGGCGCUGCUCAACUUGGACUAUCCCAUGACGUCGGCGCUCGUGUAA